CGCCUCCGUCGUGGUGGUGGUGGGUUCGCUUCCCACUCCCACACUACCCUUCUCCUCCUCCUCCUCCUCCUCCUCGCCGCCUUUUUCCUCCGCGAUUUCUAUAUAUAAAGGGCCCCUAAAUACCUUGCCCCUCCCUCACUCCACCGGAUCUUCACCGGUAACGCCUCGCCGCCGCCCUAAACCAACCCACACGCCGGAUCUUGCGAGGUGUUUGUUUGCUGCAGGACAGAGAUGGCGCCGCCGAGGCCGAGGCCGGCGCUGCUGAUGCUGCUGCUCGUCGCCGUGCUCCUCCUCUCCCACAUUGCGCUCUGCUCGUCGGCGGCGCCGGCGGCGGGGAAGCCCAAGGGAAAGGCCGCCGGCGGGCGGAAGGCGCUCCUGGCGGAUGAUGGGGAGGAGGUGCCGACGCCGGCCAAGAAGGCGAAGGGCGUUGCCGCGGCGGGGAAGAUCAAGAAGAAAGUCGGGGUUGAUGCCAAGAACCAGACCAAGGCUGUGAAGGUUAAGAAAUCGGAGUCGGAUGGUGCGGUGAAGGCGACCAAGAAGUCGGCGGCGGCGGGGACGAAAGCUCCGGCGGAGGGCGCUGUUGCGAAGGCCAAGGUCCCGAAGGUGGACAAGGCGGCAACGGCGAAGUCGAAGGGCACCGACACCGGGAAGCCUGCAAAGGUGGCGAAGGCGGGGAGUACCAAGGCGGUGAAGCCGGUGAAGACGGCGAAAUCUGAGUCCGCCGCCAAGGCGAAGAAGCCGUCCAAUUCGACCGUCGAUGCUGGCGCCAAGCCAGCCAAAUCGAGCAAGAAGCAACCGGUGGUGGCUGGCGACAAAGCGAAUGCCAAGGUGAAUGCCACCGCGACCAAUGAGGCGACGGAGGUGGAAGAGGACGUCGUGUUCGCGGAGGAGACGGAGGGGACGGACGACCUCAUCUCCGAGUUCAAGGGCCUCCCGGCGCGCCUGCAGGAGACGCUCAUGCCGGACCUAGCGCGGCUGUCGCACACCUCCAAGGUGUACCUGUCCGCCGCCAACACGGGGAUCGCCGACGGCGUGCGGCCGAUCCUUGGGGGCCGGUGGGCCGCCGGGGCCGCGUCGGCGGCUUCGAUUGUGCUUCUGCUGCUGCCGCUGUUCAUGCUCACGGCUCUGGUCCGGCGCAUGGCACCCUACCUGCCGCUCCUCCACCGCGCGCUGCUGCUCGCGCAGGCGUACCUCGCCAUCUACUUCGCCACGCUCGCGCUCGCCGCCGCCGCCACGGGGCUCGAGCCGCUCCGCUUCUUCCACGCCGCCUCGCCGGCGGCGUACGCCUGGACGCAGGCCGCGCAGUCGCUCGGGUUCAUGGGCUACCUCAUGCUCCAGAUGGUGGACCUCGUCGCCAUCUUCUCCGGGGCCGCCUCGCCGGAGGAGGACGGCAACGGGGACGCCACCAAGGCGCUGGGCCUGGCGCAGAUGGUGGUGGGCCUCGCCGUCGGCCUGCACUACUACGCCGCCGUUUUCCACCGCGCCGCGGCCGGCGAGGCCCCGCGGGCCAACUGGCGCGUGUACGCCGUGUACGCCGCCUGCUUCGUCGUCGUCUGCGCGUGCGCGCGCGCCGAGAGGAGGAAGAAAGCCUACCUCGCCGGCGGCACUGACGGCGCCGCCGAGGAGUGGAAGAAGAGCUGAACAAAUACACACAAACUUCAGGGGCUCAUCUGCAAAUUGCGAAUUUGGCGUAACCCGAAGGGCAAGAUUGUAAGAAGGCCGCAGAUUUAGGAUUCCAGAAACAAAAUCCAAAAAGGGAAAACAAGAAAAGGAAAAAAAAUGCCAUUUUUCUUUUUGUUUCCACUAGCAUUAUGUCUUCCUUUUUUUUCAUAUUGAUUGGUUUGAGUAUAGGGGGAUAAUGUCACAAUGGUGGCAAAAUAAGGUUCAUAAUAUUAUGAUUAGAUCCAUAAGAAUCAGACAUUAUAUAUGGUGCCCAGUGGAGAAAAAACUCCAGUGGCAACGUGCUAAUGUUGAAUUUUGUUGAAAAAAAUGGAGGUGCUCAUGUGGAGCUCUGAAGAAAAUUUGGUCUUGGGUUCACAUGCCGAUGUGAUAAUCCGAGUGAUAUCUCUCUCUCUCUCUCUCUCUGCUUGCAUGGGAUUUAGGAAAUUAAUGUUGAAAGAGGAGUGUGUGUAAUGGGGAUUAAUGAUUGUAGGAAUUUGGUGUGCUGUUGGUGUUUGGGAAAUUAAAGAGUGUUUGUGCCCCUCAGCUGGAAAAGACCUCUGCUUUCACAAAGUACUCACAAGAUCCUUGAGGAUAGCUAGCCUAGCUUGUUCUGAUGCCUUUGAUCAACAUCAGCAUGCUGUUCUGUAUAACUGGCAAAUGCAGAAAUA